AUGUCUGCAACGAUUCUGCAUGUGACAUUGGGGACCGGAGAAGAUAGGUGGGCUUGGGAACUAGAUGAUUCGGCGGUUUUUUCAGUUAAAAGUCUUAAAAAAACGAUGCAGCUGAAUCGGUUCGCGAGUCUAGGGAACGAUUUUGUAUGGAAUAACUGGAUUCCAAUCAAGGUAAGUUUCCUGGCCUGGAGAUUAUCGUUGGAUCGGGUUCCUACGUUGGUGGCGUUGGCUCGCAGGAAUGUGAAUACGGGUCAGACUCGAUGUAGGUUCUGUGAUUUGUAUGAUGAGGAUGCGGAUCAUUUGUUCGUGGGCUGUGAAGUGGCUCAAUGUGUAUGGAAUUUCGUAUCACAGUGGUGUAGGAUAUCUAGUAUAUUCACUUUCCGAGUGAAGGAUAUACUAGACUGGCACAAACAUGUAAAGGGUUGUGAAAAAUGGAGGAAGCUGGUGUAUGCUAUCAUGCAGGUGGCACUAUGGGCCGUGUGGAGAUGCAGGAACGAUGUGAUAUUCAACAGCAAAGAAGUCAGUAUUGAUCGGAUUUUAAAUGAAAUAAAACACUUGGCGUUCCUAUGGAUAAGUAGCCGCUCGAACUUAAGAGGAAUUACGUGGGAUGAUUGGUGUAAGUUCGAUAGUGCAAGGAAUUGGUUAUAG